CUCGUGACAUCAUCAAAGGUCCUUCGCCUCCCCAAGCUGUAGCAGUUACUCGGGCAGUGAAAGAGUUUGUGCUGCGGAAUCAGAGAGACUCGAGCCCCGGAUUCCGUGUAUUUCAGGUGUCAUCAUCAUGCCACGACGGAUGCUAAUACCUCACAAGUCUGUUUUCUCUUACUCCCGGCCCCCAAAGUGGCUGAAUGGUCCCUCUACUAUGAACUCUGCCAGGAGUGGUUACCGGGUGUUUUCUGCUAACUCCAGUCCUGCCUGUGUGGAACUGGCCAAGAGGAUCACUGAGCGUCUGGGAGUAGAACUUGGAAAAGCUGUUGUGUACCAGGAGACCAAUGGAGAGACCAGAGUGCAAAUUCAGGAAUCUGUUCGUGGACAGGAUAUAUUUAUCAUACAGACGAUCCCAAGGGACGUGAACACCGCUGUGAUGGAGCUGUUGAUCAUGACAUAUGCUCUGAAGACAUCCUGUGCCAAGAACAUUAUUGGGGUCAUCCCAUAUUUUCCUUAUAGUAAACAGAGUAAAAUGCGCAAGAGGGGGUCUAUCGUAUGCAAACUGCUGGCUUCCAUGUUGUCCAAUGCUGGACUCACACACAUCAUCACAAUGGACUUGCAUCAAAAAGAGAUCCAAGGCUUCUUCAACUUUCCAGUGGACAACCUCCGAGCGUCUCCUUUCCUGCUACAGUAUAUACAAGAGGAGAUUCAAGAUUACAGAAAUGCAGUGAUAGUUGCCAAGUCUCCGGAUGCAGCAAAGAGGGCACAGUCCUAUGCUGAGCGGCUGCGUCUAGGACUUGCUGUGAUCCAUGGGGAGCCACAAUGUGCAGAACAUGACAUGGUAGAUGGGCGUCACUCUCCACCCACUGUGAAGAAUACUACAGUCCACCCAGGGCUUGAGAUUCCCUUGAUGAUAGCAAAGGAGAAGCCGCCAAUCAGCGUGGUGGGAGAUGUAGGCGGACGGAUCGCCAUUAUAGUGGAUGACAUCAUUGAUGAAGUAGAGAGCUUUGUGGCUGCCGCAGAGAUUCUUAAGGAACGGGGCGCCUAUAAGAUUUUUGUGAUGGCCACCCAUGGCAUCAUGUCUGCAGAUGCCCCUAAUCUCAUUGAAGACUCCCCAAUUGAUGAGGUUGUUGUGACAAACACCAUCCCCCAUGAGGUACAGAAACUACAAUGCUCAAAGAUCAAGACGGUGGACAUCAGCCUGAUUCUGUCAGAGGCAAUCCGUCGCACCCACAACGGAGAGUCCAUGUCCUAUCUCUUUCGCAACAUUGCAAUGGACGAUUGAAGGGUUCUGCCCACCUUUCCAGUCAAGUGUAGGAUGUGUGCCAGUGACAAGUGGGUAGAGCUCCACAUGCAGAAAAGGGUAGACAUCGAUGGAGAAAUCUCAUCCUUUUUUGCAUCUACACUACAGGCACUUCCACGUUACUGUUGGGGAUGAGGGGAACCCUGCAUUAGUAAUAUUACUUUUUGCAGAUGAGAAUGGGAUACACCUGGUUUUGGGAUUUGAAAAGAUUUAUAGCUUGGGUUGUAAAGUCUUCUUCAAUCCAUCAAGAACUGGAUACAUUAACCUUUUUUUUUUUUUUUUCGUUCUGAGCCUUUUAACAACGGAGAUGGUGUUCUUGCACCAAACUGAAACAGGAUUGACCUAACCGCUGCCAGAUGAGGCAGAAGCAUUACCGAGCAAUAUAGAUAGUGACCACUGCCUGGUCAUUACAUGUCAAGCGCUGCACAUUAACAUCACAUGCAUCAAUAUAUACAAACAAAAAAAAAGCUAGGGCUAUUGUUAUAGCUAGCGAAGGUAGUUCUCUAAUAUCUAAUAGGGAAAUUAUCCAGGCACAGCAGUGUUUCCCAACCAGGGUGCCUCCAGC